CGUGCGGCGGCCAACGUGCGGGAGAGAAAGAGAAUGAUGAGCAUCAACGGCGCGUUUGAAGAACUCCGCCUUCACGUCCCAACAUUUCCCUUUGAGAAACGCUUAUCAAAGAUUGACACAUUACGCCUAGCUAUUGCGUACAUCGCCUUGCUCAGGGACAUACUUGUGUCAGGGGUGGACCCGUUAGAAUUUGUGGAGAAAAGCCUGCACUGCCGUGAGGAAAACCAGUCUGAGUGGAACACAAGU